AUGGCGAAAAGGCCAGUUGAACUUUGCCCAAGAUGGUACCCCUCGUUCGCAGUGCGUGUGAAGAAUGCCAUGAGCGCAAAACUCGUUCGCCAGUGUUACUUCCUUCCCAGACAAAAGGCGGGCCGCCCACGGAGGGGCAGUCGAACCCUAUCAAGUACCUACACAAGCCGACACAGCACACCUAAUCCUCUUCCAACCCCGCCAACGGAAAAAGAGGCCACCGAGCUGUCUCAUGACCAUGCCCUUUAUGCGAAUUCCUCUAUACCAUCGUUUUUGAACCACCCAUUACCCACGACCGACACUUCUUUGCCUACCGAUUUGCCAAAUUUCAACAGUACCCCUCUCCCCCACACUUCCAUACUGCCUGAAUAUCUUAUGAUCAAUGACCACAUUGGUUUCCGACCAUCUCAAAGCCAUGGCCACAGCGACAGUGGGUCGUCAUCCAGCCCGCCAACAAACUCACUACGUGAGGGAUCUGUGUCAGGUGGAUUUCCGAGAAUUUGCCCCCCUUGGCCCGAGGCAUUCUCACGUUAUGGAGACAACAAAAGCGUUGAUUGGGAUCGUUGGGAUCGAACCUCAGUUUCCUUUGCAACUUUAUUAGGAAAGUGCAGUGAGCUUGACCAGGCGGCUGAUAUGCUGAAGGAGCAAGACCAGCGGACAGCCCUGGCACAGCACCUCGUUCUCAUCCUUCGCGCAAUCGACGCCCUCUGUGACGUGUGCGCAGCUUUCGUUAGCGAACAUCCACCGCCCUGUUCCAAGAGUCUAUUGGACCCGGCCAUUUUGGCGUUGGUAAUUGCGGCCAAUUUCAAGGUUCUGGAAGUCUGUGGAUUACUGGUCUCUAUUACUGUCUCUGAAAUGCAGAGGCCUCAGGAUCAGUUACUUCUCAAGCGCAUCGAUUUCAGUUUGAUGCAGACUCAAAUUGCAUUGACUGCUAUGAAGGAGCAAGAAAUGACUUCACCGUUAGUCUUCCAGACAGCGCUUGAUCAGGCGGCGUGCAUUCAUCGGCAGAGCUUUAGGUCAUAUUUCUUGUCCGUUUCGAUCCCCGAUUCCGUCGAGUGGAUUGUGAUUAGCUGUCGGAAUGCCAUCAUCAGGUUGCCAGCUGCCGCCUAG